AUGGCCAAAGACCUCCCCUCGCUCCCGUUGGUGUCCCCGAGCGCCAUCGUUCCCGCCUCAGUAUGCAUCGGACAUGUCCAGCUGCGGGAUCUUAUCAUAUGUCCUCGUGAACCAGGCGUAGUAAAUUACGUCCAACAUCAAUCCAUUGUCGAGCACAAUCUCAGGGCCCAAAACUCAUCCCCACAUACGGUUACUACCUUGAAUUGGACCCCAAAUACCAUCGCUUCACUUCCCAUUGAUGACGCAGACUCUACACUCAUUGCUGUCGGUGGACAGGAGGCAGAGAUCCAUAUCUCCCUGCUCCGGAAGAAGAGAACACUAUGGCAGCUUGAGAGAACUCUGGCUGGCUCCAUCAACAACUCGGUGCUCCUUACCUCGAGAUCGAACGAGUCCAGCGCUGAACCACGAGUCGGCAUCAGCAACAAUGAUUGCUCGGUCAAGUUCUACGAUGUACCGAUCCGAGCGCAGAGCCACUCCAAGCAGUUGAAAGAGUCUGGGAUUCUGCGCUUGAACGUGCCGGUCAACCACUCUUCGAUAUCUCCUGAUGGACGGACCCUACUCUCGGCAGGCGAUUCGCCGAAGGUUUACCUCCACCGCAUAAGUGGUGGCUCUCGGAUAACAUUCUCUCCCAUACAUACCCUUACCCUCCCACCACCUGACUCAUACCCACUAAACUACUCGUCCUCUCUUGCGGCGUCCUUUUCCACUGCCUUCUCUGCCAAUGGGUCCAAGUUUGCUGUAGCAUCUCAAGAAGGUCUUGUAGCCGUAUGGGACGUUCGCAGCUCCAAACCUCUCAAGGUAUUCCAGACUGAUAAAUCCCGGAUGCCCGCAUCUCCUGGCAAUGGGUCGGCGUCUGGUUGGCUAUCUGACGAUCCAUGGGAUUGGACGCGUGGAAACUCUAAAGCACCUGGUUGGAGCGUGCGAAGUGUCAAGUUUGGUGGUAUCGCUGGCAAGGAACUCAUGGUAUUCACUGAGCACACCUCCCUUAUCCAUGUCGUCGACGCUCGCACAUUCGAAACAGAGGAAAUAAUCCGUAUGCCUACACCUCGCUCUUCUGCCACGACAUCUACAGGCCCGACUGCAGCCGCGUCGCCGCAGCAUCACCGAUCAUCUUCCCCGCAUCACGUGCCACGAUCCCGAUCGCCUCAACCUCAACCCCCUAUGAUUGUUCUCGCUCUCGAAGAUACCUUCAGAAUCUCUUCAUCCCCUUCGCGACCAUCAGCGGGAUCCGACACGCGGUGGGGCUCAAGAACCAGCCGCGACUCCGAACGCAAUGAAGAAGAUGUUGUGGUCAUCCCAGCUCUAGGAGACCGGGAAAUGGAGCACAGCGUUCAAACACUCCUUGGACGACAUGGCAUACGAACACGGCAAUACUCAGAAGAUGCAGAUAACUCAAGGAACACCGCCUAUGCUGCCUACCGAUCCCGUACUGAGGAAGAAAUGGAAGUGGAUGAGCUCGAGUCCGAUUGUAUAUCAUCUCAUACUCCUUCUCGGUCAUCUUCCCCGUCGCCAUCAACCCAUCUCCCAAUACAGGCGUCUCCUGGGCGCUAUACUCUUUCCCCACAGAACCCCAACACCUCCAGACGCCAUCAACAACGUCGAUUACGACCACUUACCCCGCCUUCUGGUGCUGUUGGCCUCUCGCAUCCUAGCCCCCAUCAGCGAGACUCCCGUGUGGAUGUUCUCAACAAAUUUGAAUACGCUGAAGAUAGGGAGUGCGGGCUGGAUCUGGCCGGAACCUGCUUUGAUCCCAGCGGAGGGUACGUCUAUGUUGCGAGCACCACUGGUGUGGCCGAAUGGAGUGUACAUGGCGCAGAUAAGCAUUGGUGGGUCGACGAUGCCUGGAUAUAA